CGGGCCCCGCCAGCGGGCGUAAACUUGGGGAGGGACUUCCGGCUUCUCUCUGGCGGUCAUUUUGGCCGUCUCUGCUGUCGGGCCUGUCGACAGCCCCUCCGGUGUCCCGCGUUGAGACGCAGUGACUGACCGGGGCCUGAGUGGGGGACGCCGCAUGUCUGGAUCGGUGGUGCCCGCCCCGGGCGCCCCAGAGUCGAUGGCGGCGGCUGCGCCGAGGGGCCCGGCCCAGGGUAGUGUCACCUUUGAAGAUGUGGCUGUGUACUUCUCUUGGGAGGAGUGGGAUCUUCUUGAUGAGGCCCAGAGACACCUGUACCUUGACGUGAUGCUGGAGAACUUGGCACUUACAUCCUCUCUGGGUUGUUCAUGUACAGUGGAGCAUGAAGUGGCAUCUUGUGAGCUGGGCCUUUCUGUGAGAUCAUCACAGGUCAGGACUCCCAAAGAAGGGUCAUUUUCCCAGAAUGCCUAUGCUUGUGAAAUUUGUGGCUUGGUUUUGAGAGACAUUCUGCACGUGGCUCCGCACCAUGGAACACAUUGCGGGAAAAAACCACACAACUGCGGGAAGCAAUUCCACUUCACUGCUAAUCUUCCCCAGCGCCAAAGGCAGCACAUUAAAGAGGCAUCCUUUGGAAGCUUUGUGGACAGAACCUCAUUUAUAAAGAGCUGCAUGCUCCAUGUGUCAGGGAAGCCUUUUUCCUGCAAGGAAGUUGGGAGGGGCUUCCUGGCCAGCAUGGGAUUUCCCUGUCCACAAAUCACUCACACAGGAGAGAAACCAAGUAACUACCAGGUGGCUUUUCAUAAUGGGAAAAAUCACCACAACUGGGAAGAAUGCCGAAAAACCUUCAGCCACUCAAACACACUGGUUCAGGACUGGAGAGUCCUUACUGGGAAAAGGCUUUUUGAGUGCAGCAAGUGUGGGAAAGCCUGUACACGAAGAUGUAAUCUCAUUCAGCACCAGAAAGUCCACAGUGAAGACAGGCCUUAUGAAUGCAGUGAGUGUGGAAAAUUCUUUACCUACUACUCCAGCUUUAUUAUCCAUCAGAGAGUUCACACAGGAGAAAGGCCUUAUGAGUGUGAUGAAUGUGGGAAAUCCUUCAGUCAGAUCUACAGCCUCAACAGCCAUAGGAAAGUUCACACUGGAGAAAGGCCUUAUGAAUGUGGGGAAUGUGGGAAAUUUUUUAGCCAAAGGUCCAACCUCAUUCAACACCAGAGAGUUCACACUGGAGAAAGACCUUAUGAAUGCAGUGAAUGUGGAAAAUCUUUUAGCCAGAACUUUAGUCUCAUUUACCACCAGAGAGUACACACUGGAGAAAGACCUCAUGAGUGCAGUGAGUGUGGGAAAUCCUUUAGUCGAAGUUCCAGUCUCAUUCACCACCGAAGACUUCACACUGGAGAGAGGCCUUAUGAAUGCAGUAAGUGUGGGAAGUCCUUUAAGCAAAGCUCUAGCUUCAGUUCACAUCGUAAAGUCCACACAGGGGAAAGACCUUAUGUGUGUGGAGAAUGUGGGAAAACUUUUAGCCAUAGCUCCAACCUUAGGAACCACCAGAGAGUUCACACUGGGGAAAGGCCUAUUAAGUGCAAAGAAUGUGGAAAAUCCUUUAGCUGCAAAUCUAACCUCAUUAAACACCUGAGGGUUCACACUGGAGAAAGGCCUUAUGAGUGCAGUGAAUGUGGGAAGUCCUUUAGUCAAAGUUCUAGUCUCAUUCAACAUCGGAGAAUUCACACUGGAAAAAGACCUUAUCAGUGUAGUAAAUGUGGGAAGUCUUUUGGCUCCAAAUCUGUCCUCACUCAACACCAAAGAGUUCACACUGGAGAAAGACCUUAGCUAUGUAUGGGGCACACACAUUCUUUGUACUGUCAUUACAUGGGAGCAAACCACCUGAGAGCCGUCCAUCUGAAUUGAGCCCUCAAGAUCUGAAGACACAUGGUGGGGAGAGUCCCCUUUAGUUCCAGGUCCAUAGAAGCUUUAAGCAGCUGUGUUAAACUUUGUAACCUGUGCAAGGGCCUUGCCGUUUGUCACUGUUUUGAGGCAGAGGCUAUUUCACUUCUCCACUUGCAAGUCUACACAGUGCACCUGUCACCGCCCCAAUGUGUACAGAGGAGCUGCUCCUCCCCAUUUGCUGGAUGAAAUCAUGAGAAGUCUAAGCCCUCCUUCCUGUUCUCCUGAAGGUUAGGGCAUGAACUUGACCUAGUACUAGAGACACAGGUAAGUAAGUGUGUUUGGGCCGCUUGUCAAGAAGAACUCUGACACUGGAUGUUUUUCCAGCCUCUAAGUCACCAACCUGGAAACUGCCUGCCUAUAUUGUUUUGAUUUUUGUAAUAAAGUUCAUUAUUUAA